UCCUACAUUGUUCUCAUUUUUGUGAGGGUUUUUGUUCUUUUUAUUACAAGUGAUCAAAGGUAAAGUUAAGGAUGUUGAAUUGCCUGAGAAAGUAGACAUUCUGAUUUCUGGUGCUAUAUGAUUCAGAAGGGUGUUCUCAAAUGACCAUCAUGUAACUUCUGCAAUGUUGACAGGUGUGACUUGCAUCCUAAUAUGGGCCACGUAUAAUCAGAAUCCUUCUUGUCCUCAGUGCAAGCAUCCGUUUCAGUUUCUCGGUGUUCAUCGAUCACUAGAUGGAAGGAGGUUGAGGAAGAUCAUCUCCAUCCUCUCAAGUGACCAGCCUCCCUGCCCUCAGCUGUAUCUAUACAGCACAACUGACAAGGUCAUUCCAGCUAGGUCGGCAGAGUCUUUUAUUCAGGAGCAGAAGAAAUCUGGGAGAAAUGUGAAACCGAAUGCAAUGGUUAAGGACACAGCUUUCUUGGGGCAUCGCUCUCUGAUCAUCUCAAACCGACUUCAAUCCUCUUAUCAUGAAGAGAAAGGUUUGACUCCAAAAAUGAGAGGUAGACUUUAUUCUGUUUGCUUUGCUUCACACUACCUUCAACUGUCUUGCACUGUAAUAAUGAUGACUGUGAAACUGCAUUUCAUCCUACUUGGCUAAACAUGUUGGCCUGCACAUGGAUGUGAAGACUGGUAGAGGCAAGUUUUUUCAGCACAAGGCUUAUUGUGAAAGGCAUAGCUUGGAUCAGAAAAAGAAGGCUGAGAGUCUGCAACAUGGACCUAAUGAGGUCUGAUGCAUUAAGCAAAUCUGGCUAGCAGGCCAGAGCUACCUGUUGAGGUUGCAGGGCCUGCUACGCACAAUCUGAAAGCUAAAUGCUGGUGGAGGUAAUGAUAACGCUGGCCUGGAAGCUGCAGAAGAUGAACGGGCAGUGUUAUCUCAGGGUCCGCCAAGCACGAUGGCACUGGUGAUGAUGGGCGCGACCAUGACUUUGUAUUAUUUAUGGAACCUAAUGUUGUGUAAUAGUUUGAUUGAGUUAAACUUUAAAUAGACUGUUGUUAAGUGUUUUGUUGGUAUUGUGGCUUU